AUGCGUGGCUUCCGUACAGAAACACCACAGCUCAAGGUACUGGAAAUGACGCAGCCAUUCCUCGGCAGGCAGACAAAAAUUUCAAAUGGAAUACUUGUCGGCAUCUUGACUGGGCCGUCUAUUGCUUCCAUGCGCCACACUAGCUACCAUCUCAAGCAGCUUAUAUUAGGAGGCCCUCUUGACCUGCCCCUGUUUUUUGAGACAUUCUACGACGCUCAGCAUGGCAGCCUCGUACCGAAAGCGCAACAUUCAUGGCCGCACCUCGAAGUAUUGAUCUUUCGAGGACCAAUCAUCAAGGAAAGGCGCCCUCUAAGCUUCCCCUUGAAGGAUGAGUUUCUGAAACUUGUGGGCCGUGCCGCAAGAGAAAUGCCAAGGCUCAAUUGCGCCGUGAUCAUGAUUGAGUCACAGCCGGAAUUCGGAUUUGAAGGUGUUGGGAUGUCGAUUAGGUUCCUAACGCCUGACGUCUCCAUAAAAUUGUCCAAGAUCAGCCUGAGGCGCCGCAACAUCAAACGGCCAGCACUUACGGUUGCCAUGCACACUCCAUCUCGAUCAGCUGUCCGCGUAUGGAGGGAGGCGAUCGAGCAUACGAAGAAGAUGAGUAUGGUCGUCGAGUUCAAGCCCCUUCCGAGGUUUGAUGAGGAUGGCAAUUUGGUCUUUCUUCCGUUCCAGGAUUGGAAAGACUAG